GACCACCGUCGUAUUGGAUAGAGAUAGGGGGACACAUCGAUGGGACCGAUGGACUCCGCUUCGGUGAUAGUUUCAAAACGGGCGCGCUUUCAGUCGAUUGUCGCAGUUUGAACGGUUCGGUUGGUAUUUGAAAACGUUCGGUGAAGACGUCUUUAUCGAGGGAAGAAAGAAUGUUGUUUUUUGGAUGCGAAACUACGACGAGGUGAAACGAACGAAAGUUAAUUUAAUUAGGUUCGAAUUACACCGGGUCGCGUUCGUCUUAUUGAGGGAGAAGUCGAUUAGGACUUUGGCUGGUGAAGGUGAAGACGAUUAACAUUUUAAAAAGUGUUUACAAGCUAACAGUAUUGAGCAGUGAAACAAAAAUCGCCUGAAGAUGAAGUGGUUGUUGGUAUUGGCCAUGCAGAUGCUCAUUGGCAGUCUGUUGGCUCUGCAGGAUUCAUCUAAGGAAAACCGAGGAUCUUCAUCACAACAGUACUGCACCGAUUUGAAUCCCCAAACUGGGUUGGACAUCGAACAAAUCAUGGGCCUCUGGUAUGGCAGCGAGGUGAUCACUCACAUCGGCAGCGAAGAAGGUGAAUCGGUCUACGACACUUGUGUGGUGAUUCAUCUGUCCGACAUCACCAAUUCGACAUCAUCCAGUGAGAGCACCCAGCGAGAUAAUGGACCGGAAGUGCGAUUUGGCACAUCGUACGGCUACCCGGGAGACAGAAGCCAAAGCCGUCACGAUACAGACGGCAAUCGGCGUUACCAGGCCCAGCAGCACCAGCAGCAUCAACAGCAGCACCAGUACCAGUACAACUAUCGACAGCAGACAAGCUUUCGCUAUUUGAGGCUGAUUUGGGACGAGAAGGAUCACACGUUGGAGUACACCUUGCGGUUCAAUUCUUCCCGGCCGGGAUUCUGGAUUUCUUCGGCACCGCAGUCCGGUACGAUGAUCCAGUUGCCGUACGUGCAGUUCACCGGGACGGUUCAGGUGCUCAAGGCCAUCAACAACCAGCUGGUGCUGACGUUCUGCCAGAGUGUGCCAGGAGGGCAGCUGUUCUCGGUGGUGCUGACGAGGCAGCCGAUGGGACUGUCCCCAGAGGAAAACCAAAGCAUUCGGAACUUCCUGAGACGAAAGCACCUGUCGACCACUUCGAUGAGGAAAGUCUGCUUCAGCGCAGCUACCAACCAGGCGUCCUUGGGAUUAGCGACAUCGAUCUGGAUCGUUUUGGUUCUGCAAUUUUUCACCAAGAAAAAUUGAACGUCUCAUUUCCGGCAUUCUUAUUUUUAAUCCCUCCAUUUCCAAAAAGCUAACAAGAUAUAUUUAUUUCUACUGUCAGGACUGCUGCGAUUGAUUGUAAUUUAGUCAUUAGGUUUCUUGGAUAGUGUCUAAGUCAAAUGUUAAGCCUAUUUUCUAAAAGUUUAAGUCUGCUGUGCUAACUAUAUUCGAUGACAUAAAGAUCUGAAGAGCAUUUUAGUUUAUAGGACGUAGGGUUCGAGUUCAUCUAUGUCAUAACCGCAGUCAUUAGCUGGAGUCGUAAGAGCAAUUAAACAUACAAUAUAAACCGUGUAAGAAUCAUAAAUAAAAAGUCGUUCCGUGAACUACUCAA